GAACCAGGACACCGAUGCUUCGCAACGCGUUGAAAGUCUUGUACUGCCUUGACAGAUCGUUGAGAGACAUGCAUCCCAUCCGGGCCAUCCCUCGGAACAUGUUGAAGUAGCCGCCCCGCUGUUCUGCAAUCCCCUAGGGAUCUCUCCGUCCUUUCUCUCGUGUCACUGCUGGGCUUCCUCUCGUGCUGACCAUGGCCACGAGAAUCAUCUGUCGGCGAGAGUACGAAGAGCUCGUGCAGGAGCGAGAACCCCCUUUCGCGGAGGUGGUCUAUGUCCUCACCACGCCGCCGCCGGGCUCCAAGCCAUGGGACCUGAGUUCUUGCCUCUCUCGCUACAUGGCCCUUCUCGCCUACACUCUCAUUCAUCCCAAGCAGGCGGCGCUAUGGGCAGAUAACAGGUGGAAGAUUGGCGAGACAAUCGAGGAGGCGACAUACGCGGAAGUCCGGCGCGAAUGGGAAGCAGUCGCAAUAUCUCGCGUCCAAUACGCGUUCACCGUGGCGAGAUUGUUCGUGUUCGCGCCGCAAGGGCCGGGGGAACGUGCGAGGAGAGCGUUUUUGCGGCAGAGCCCAGUAACUGGCCCACCGAAAGAUGGCGUCAUUCGCGUCAAAUGGUACCCAGAUGUCGAAUCUGUCAGGGUGUGGCCGGAAGGCUUUGGGCAACUGUGGAUGGAUGUGCCUGUCGAUGAGACGGGAUGCGCGGACCUGAGAGUGAUCAAAGAUUCUUGGGGCAUGGAGAACUGCUUCGUUAUCGAUGCUAAUCGUGACAGGCUGGCUCUGUGGCGGCACCCAGUCGAAAAGCUCAGCGCGCUUGCCAUCAAUGUCCUGCUCAGCGAUGGCCACAGAGUCAUUGGAGUUGUUGAGCGUCCCUCUCAGCCGUUGCUGGCCGCCCGGCAAUAUCGUGCCUACGUCAGGUACCAUAUGCGACCCUUCGUCUCUGAAACUAUCCCGCGACUUCUUGGGUUGACUGUGGCAAGGCUACUACUUGUCCUGUCCAACCUGGCCAUUGGCAUCCCCUACUUCCUAUGGUUCCUCCUGAGCUGUUCCCCCUACAUCCUCUUCCGCACGUUGGAGAUCGCGCUACUUGCUUUGUACGCAGUCGGCGCCAUCGUCUUGAGAGAUUUGGAGGAGCUGGUGUAUGUCCUGGUGGGCUACGCCGCCCCUCCUGCAUGGGUGUUCAGGUCCGCCGGGCGAUGGCUCGUCGCUGGCCUUGAGGCGGCGUUCCUAACGGACGAGGAGAUCAACAGACGGACGAGGGAGGGGUCGGAGAUGCUAGAGCAGUGAUAAAGCAAAUGUUCG